CGCGUAGGCAAGUGCUGGCUGUUGUUCGGUCAUAUAUGCAGUCUGACGUGAAGGAGGAUGAAGUGGCGAACCUGUGUAUCAGGAGCGAUUCUGUCAGUAUGCCUGGCAGUAACAGCAUAUGGAAAGCUUACACGCGCAGAACAUUGGUCAGAGAAGCGGUUAAAGCAUAAGCACAAAUUACUGACAUCAGAGAGGCUAAAGAGAGCAGCAGGGCUUGCCGACAUAGAUCUAUUUAAACAGGAAUUGAAGCCUUUUCUGAAAGUCAGAGUAUCAGGCACACCUGCAAAUGUUGAAGUUCAAGAACACAUCAAGUCUCGUAUGUCUAGCCUUGGAUGGCAGGUGGAAGAAGAUUCUUUUGUGGACACAACACCAUACGAAGACAAAAACUUCAACAACAUUAUUGCAACAUACAAUCCCCAAGCCAGGCGGAGACUUGUAUUAGCAUGUCAUUUUGAUUCUAAGUAUUUUCCAAACGCACACUUUAUUGCUGCAACUGACUCAGCUGUGCCCUGUGCAAUGAUGAUACAUUUGGCUGAUUCACUGAAGGAACUGCUAAAAAAAGGCAGUGGGGAUGGUGCAAAAGAUAUAUCAUUGCAGCUUAUAUUUUUUGAUGGCGAAGAAGCUUUUAAACAUUGGACCAGCACAGACUCGAUUUAUGGUGCUAGGCACUUAGCUGCCAAGUUAGAAAACACCAAAUUCCCUGCAGAAUCCUCAGACAAUUUCAACACAAAUGAAUUGCACAGGAUGGUAGGUAUAAUUUACAACAUAAUCUAUAGAUUCAAAUGAUCUGUUAAAUGUUACUUAAGGUGUGAGUUUUUCCAAAAGCAAUAAUUGUUACUAGUACCUCAUUUGGGUGUUUCUCUAGGCUGG